AUCCUCCGAGAACUGGACCUGUAUGACAACCAGAUCAAGAAGAUAGAGAAUCUGGACACACUGACAGAGCUGGAGAUUCUAGAUAUUUCUUUUAAUCUACUGAGAAACAUUGAAGGGGUUGACAAGUUGACAAAACUGAAAAAGCUCUUGUUGGUCAACAAUAAAAUCAAUAAAAUUGAGAACUUGAGCAACUUACGUCAACUGGAGAUGCUGGAGCUGGGAUCCAACCGCAUCCGGGCCAUUGAAAAUAUCGACAUGUUAACCAAUUUGGACAGUUUGUUUUUGGGGAAAAACAAGAUCACUAAACUUCAAAACCUGGAUGCACUCUCCAACCUGACAGUCCUCAGUAUACAGAGCAACAGGCUGACCAAGAUGGAGUGUCUUCAGAGCCUGGUAAACCUGAGGGAGCUGUACCUCAGCCACAACGGCAUCGAAGUGAUAGAAGGCCUGGAGAACAACAACAAACUCACGAUGCUGGACAUUGCGGCAAACAGAAUUAAAAAGAUUGAAAAUAUCAGCCAUCUAACAGAGCUGCUGGAAUUCUGGAUGAAUGACAAUCUCCUCGAGAGCUGGAGCGACCUGGACGAGCUGAAGGGAGCCAAGAACCUGGAGACAGUAUACUUGGAGGGGAACCCCCUGCAGAAGGACCCACAGUACCGACGGAAGGUGAUGUUGGCACUGCCUAGCGUGCGGCAGAUCGACGCCACCUUCGUCAGGUUCUGACCCUCCUCGCCCUCACUUGCUCUUUCUCUCCAAAAGAACUUCCUGGCCACAGUUUUUUAAUCCACCCGUUGCUCCUGAAAUCAUCACUAUCAACGGUCACAACCCAAUGGCAAUAAAAAGGCACUGCGUGAUCA